CUAAUCUAGGUCUCCAUACUAUGCUCUUCAGCUUGGUAUCUAAUAACAACUUGCUCCUUGUUUCCUGCUGUUGAGGUUCUUUGCUUUUCUCCUGUGAUUCUUAUUUGACAUGUGCAUUUGCAAUGCACUGUUGGUUAGUGGCCUUUCUGCCAUUCAACUUGUAACUGGAGAGGACUACAUCGGCAUCAGUGGGUUCACAAAACAUACUUUACAUUUAUCAGUGUAACUACUGAGAGGCUCUGGAUCUGUCCAUCAGAUGAGCUAAAUAUGUCUGUGUGUUUUGAAAUUUGUAACCGCAAGUGGAAGCAUGAGUGAAUUUCGUAUUCAUCAUGAUGUCAAUGAGCUGCUGAGCCUGUUGCGUGUUCAUGGAGGAGAAGGAGCUGAAGUAUACAUAGACCUUCUGCAAAAGAACAGAACUCCUUAUGUUACCACAACUGUCUCUGCGCACAGUGCCAAGGUUAAGAUAGCAGAAUUUUCUCGAACUCCUGAAGACUUUUUAAAGAAAUAUGAUGAGCUGAAAUCCAAAAAUACAAGAAAUCUAGAUUCUUUGGUGUAUCUCCUAUCAAAACUCACAGAAGACAAAGAGACACUCCAGUAUUUGCAGCAGAAUGCUAAGGAGCGGGCAGAUCUUGCAGCAAAUGCUGCUGCUGGUAGCAGCAGCAGCUUUAUCAUUCCAGCAACCACUUCCAAGAUCUCUCUGCAGGAGCUUGAAGAGUUACGCAGACAGCUUGGCAGUAUGGCCACCAACUCUAGUGUACAGCAGCCUCUCGAGCUUACACGAAAGAUUCUCCGAGACAAGCAAAACAAGAAGAAUUCUGGACAGCCUAUUCCAGUAUUUCCAGCCUGGGUAUAUGAGCGACCUGCACUCACUGGGGAUUUCUUAAUUGGCUCCAGUUUAGGCACUGACACAACAUUGCCUAUAGGCACUUUACCAUUAGCUUCUCAAGAGUCCAUGAUUGUGGAGGAUUUGCUCUAUGUUUUGAUUGGUGUGGAUGGAAGACACAUCACAGCACAGCCUCUUAUAGGCAGACAGAAUCGAGCUUUCUUAGUGGACCCCAAUUUGGACAUGUCAAUUAAAGAACUGGUGACCAGGAUUCUUCCUGUAGCUGCAAGUUACUCCACUGUGACCAGGUUUAUUGAGGAGAAAUCUUCCUUUGAAUAUGGACAAGUAAAUCAUGCCUUGGCAGCAGCAAUGAGAACCCUCAUCAAAGAGUACAUGAUCCUUAUCACCCAGCUGGAACAUCUCCAAAGACAAGGCCUUCUGUCACUACAGAAAUUGUGGUUUUAUAUCCAGCCUACAAUGAGGACCAUGGAGAUUCUUGCAUCACUUGCCACUUCUGUGGAUAAGGGUGAGUGUGUGGGAGGAUCGACCCUGAGUUUGCUCCAUGAUAGGACUUUCAAUUACACAGGAGACAGCCAAGCACAGGAGCUAUGUCUGUAUUUAACCAAGGCAGCCAGCGUGCCUUAUUUUGAAAUUUUGGAGAAGUGGAUCUAUAGAGGAAUCAUCAAUGAUCCAUACAGUGAGUUCAUGGUGGAAGAACAUGAGCUGCAGAAGGAGAAGAUCCAAGAGGAUUAUAAUGACAAGUAUUGGGAUCAGAGAUAUACUGUUGUUCAGCAACAGAUUCCAUCAUUCCUACAGAAAAUGGCUGACAAAAUCCUUAGUACAGGAAAAUAUUUAAAUGUUGUUCGAGAAUGUGGUCGUGAUGUUACCUGCCCCGUGGCUAAAGAGGUCAUCUAUACCUUGAAAGAGCGAGCAUAUGUGGAACAAAUAGAAAAAGCUUAUAAUUAUGCAAGCAAAGUUCUUCUGGAUUUCCUAAUGGAGGAGAAGGAGCUUGUGGCUCACUUGAGGUCUAUAAAGCACUACUUCCUAAUGGACCAAGGAGAUUUCUUUGUGCAUUUCAUGGAUCUCACUGAAGAAGAACUUAAAAAGCCUGUAGAUGAUAUUAUACCUACUAGAUUAGAAGCUUUGCUUGAAUUAGCACUGAGAAUGAGCACUGCCAACACAGACCCUUUUAAAGAUGAUUUAAAGAUUGACCUUAUGCCCCAUGACCUCAUUACACAGCUCUUGCGAGUUCUGGCUAUUGAAACUAAACAAGAAAAGUCUAUUAUCAAUGCAGAUCCCACAGAGCUCACUCUUAGUGGUCUGGAAGCUUUCUCUUUUGAUUAUAUUGUCAAAUGGCCUCUAUCCCUCAUUAUAAACAGAAAAGCUUUAACACGGUACCAGAUGCUUUUCAGACAUAUGUUUUAUUGUAAGCACGUGGAAAGACAACUGUGCAAUGUUUGGAUCAGCAAUAAGACUGCUAAGCAAUACUCAUUGCAUUCAGCUAAAUGGUUUGCUGGUGCUUUCACACUGCGACAACGGAUGUUGAAUUUUGUACAGAAUAUCCAGUAUUACAUGAUGUUUGAAGUGAUGGAGCCGACGUGGCAUAUCCUUGAGAAAAACCUGAAGUCGGCAUCCAAUAUUGAUGAUGUCUUGAGCCAUCACACAAGCUUCCUGGAUAACUGCCUAAAGGACUGCAUGCUAACAAAUCCUGAGCUGCUGAAGAUCUUCUCCAAGCUGAUGUCCGUCUGUGUCAUGUUCACAAACUGUAUGCAAAGGUUCACCCAGAGCAUGAAACUGGAUAAUGAGAUGGAGCGGCUCACCUUGGAGCACGGCACAAUGCUGGGCCCACCAACAGACCAGGAGCGUGCCGAGGAGUCUGCAAAGAAGAGGCUGACUAAUAAAGGGUUAGGGAGUGAUGCUGAUGAGAGGACUCUGCUUCUGUUCUGCAUGGCUGGAGCCUGCAGUCCCUGCACAGUGCUCUUAGCAGAACAUGCGGAUACCCUCCAUUUGACAUCUGGCUUCGAGGCAACUAUCAGCAAAUUUGACAGCAAUUUCUCAACACAUCUCUUAGACCUUCUGGACAAGCUGAGUGUUUACAGCACCAAUGACUGUGAACACAGUAUGCUGAAUAUAAUCUACAGGUUGGACUUCAAUGGGUUCUACACUGAGCGCCUGGAACAUAUGUCUGCAGAAAGGAGUCAGAAAGCAGCUCCUCCAGCUCUUCUGCUUCCUAAGGCUGUUGUGCCUGCCCAGUAAAUCUCUUUGCCUGUUGCGUGUUUCAGAUGCUUCACUUUUCACAUAAGCAGAGUAAAAUAAAUUUAGCAAGUUUAAUAUCUUUUAACUAACAAUUUAAUCUCCAUGCAUGCUAUAAAACAGUAGGUAUCUAAGAGUGAAGUCAUUUCACUUUCUGACAUGUGAGUAUGUAAAGGAUUUUGUCCCUUCUGAGAGAGUUUUGUUAACAUUUUUUAAACAGAUAUUAAAACUAUGUGUACAUGUGUUGCAUGUGAUAUAAAGAAAUAAAGGUCAGAAUUAUUUGGUCUCUAUUA